CAGAGCCUCAGCCGCGUGGCUGACCACGGUCUCCUCCGCUCCGCCAACCCUAUCUCUCCCCUUAUAUAUUCCUUCUACUCGUCAAAUCCCCUUCUUAUUCUCCACCCUAACAAGUCUCGGCGGACCCAAAAACCUAAUCUCACAUUGUCUUCCCAAACCUCUCUGCUCAUUCAUCUCUGCUUCACCAACCCACUCUCUUCUCCGAAUUCCCGCUCUUCUUCUCCCGAUCAAACCAUUCCAAUCCUCAUUUACCCACAUUGCACAAAACCCUAGACUCUCCCUGUAACCAACCACUCGCCGAUAGCCGUCGUCAAUUCGGGGUGCCACGGUUUUCUCCACCGAAAACCCACUUAGCGUUUAUCGCCGAUCACUCUCGUUUUUAAUCCGGUUCCCUUCUUCCCCAUUUCUCAGACCGUCUGAAACCGAUUACUUUAACCGCAUUCUGUAACUGGUACAUAUCUCUCUCACCAAAGCCAACCGGCUUUUAUCUUCCCGUCAGACCAAAACUCAAAACGUCAGCACCCAUUCCCGACCCGAUACUCAUACCGCUUCUCCUGUCCGAUCUUGCAUGCUCAGCUUCUGACGAUUAUUUUAUGCAUUACUUGAUCGUGAUUCUGGAAUCUGAAGUUGCGAGUUCACCUUAUGGGUAAUAAUGGUUAGAUUUUUAAAUCAAAGACAAAGGUAGCUUGAAUCUUAUUGAGGCACGUGGAUAUCUAGUUUGCCAACUUAGAAGGUUUAAAGUUCAAGGCAGCUCUUCAUUAAUGCUUGUGGAUAUUGUGUUUUGCGAUAUUUAAGAGGAAGAAGGAAAACAGCCAAAGACAAAUAAUACUUGACAUGGAAUGUAAUAGAGAUGAGGCCAUCAGGGCAAAAGAGCUUUCAGAGAAGAAGUUUACUGAAAAUGACAUUGCUGGUGCAAAAAAAUGGGCUCUGAAGGCACAGAAGUUGUAUCCUAAUCUUGAUGGUCUUUCUCAAUUGAUUGCAACUUUUGAUGUGUAUGUAUCUGCUCAGCAAAAGAAAAAUGGCGUGGUUGACUGGUAUGGAGUUCUUGGUGUCGAACCAUCAGCUGAUAAUGAGACAAUCAAGAAACGGUAUCACACUUUAGCUCUCUUUCUUCAUCCUGAUAAAAACAGAUCUAUUGGUGCAGAGGGAGCUUUUUCGCUUUUAUCAGAAGGAUGGAAUUUGUUGUCUGACAAAGCCAAGAGAAUUGCUUAUGACCAGAAACAGAACUUAACAGGCAUAAACUUGAAUGUUCCAAACAAGGGAUCAACAUCAGCAAUGCCAAGUAGUCAAGGUUCUUUCUACGGUUCUUCAAGCAACAUCAAUCCAAAUACAAUGAGUCAAAAGAGCAAUUCUCCUCUCAAAUCAUCUGUGCCUCCUCGUCCUACAUCGAGGACCUUUUGGACUACCUGCAUUUCUUGUAAAAUGCAAUUUGAAUACUUCCAAACUUACCUGAACCGCAAUCUUCUAUGCCCUAACUGCCACCAACCUUUUUUAGCUGUUGAGAUACCAAACCCACCGAUAAGGGCGAAUGACUCAUCAAUCUUGCCAAACCGUUUUAUGCGUGAGCAGAAUUCUCAUCAGCAUACAACAAGUGAACUUUCUCAUGACCAUACAACAAGUGAAAAUGCAUCUACUCAUGGGAUGCCUCCAGUAAGAUCUUCUGGUGUGAACUUAUUAAAUGCAUGCACUAAAUCGAGUACUGAUAGAAAUGUCCCAGAACAGGUCUUCUCAACUGCCCAAGCUAAAGGUGUUGCUAUGCCAGUAUUUAGACAAUCAAAGGGAAGCCAAGAAGUCCCAACUUCUAAUAUGAGAAAUGAUGCUUUUCAGAUGAAAGCUCGUCAUGUUUAUGAAAAAUCAGGUUUUGGUUUAUCCAGUGGGUCAGUAAGAGGUGAUAAGUCUAAGAAGAAAAAAUGGGUUAACGAACAUGGGAAGAAUAAUGCUGCAACAGGGAUAGCUAAUUUGGUUACCACCGAUGUGAACUUAGUAAAUGAAUGCACUAAAUCAAACACUGAUAGAAAUGCUCCUAAACAGGUUUUCUCAACUGCUCAAACUCAAGAUGUUGUUUUGCCAGUAUUUGGACAAUCAAAGGGAAGCCAAGGAAUCCCAACUUCUUAUAUGAGAGAUGAUGUUUUUCAUAUGAAAGUUCGUCACGCUUAUGAGAAAGCAGAUUCUGAUUUGUUUAUUGGGUCAACGAUAGGUGACAAGUCUAAGAAGAAAAGAUGGGUUGAUGAACAUGGAAAGAAAAGUACUGCAGUAGGGAUGACUAAUCUGGUUGCAACCGGUGUGAACUUAUUAAAUGCAUGCAUUAAAUCGAGCACUGAUAGAAAUACUACAGAACAGGUUUUCUCACCUGCCCAAGUUAAAGGUGUUGCUAUGCCAGUAUUUGGACAAUCAAAGGGAAGUCAAGGAGUUCCAACUUCUAAUAUGAGAGAUGAUGUUUUUCAAAUGAAAGCUCGUCAUGUUUAUGAGAAAUCAGGUUCUGGUUUGUCCAUUGGGUCAGCAAUAAGUGAUAAGUCUAAGAAAAAAUGGGUUGAUGAACAUGAGAAGAAUAGUACUGUAGCAGGGAUGGCUAAUCUGGUUACCACCGGUGUGAACUUAUUAAAUGCAUCAUUUAAAAAUGCUUCAGAACAGGUUUUCUCAACUGCUUCAGCUCAAGGUGUUGUUUUGCCAAUAUUUGGACAAACAAAAAGAAACCAAGAAGUCCCAACUUCUGAUAUGAGAGAGAAUGCUUCUCAUAUGAAAGCUUGUCAUGCUUAUGAGAAACUAGGUUCUGGUUUAUCUAUUGGGUCAGCAAUGAGAGGUGAUAAGUCUAAGAAGAAAAGAUGGAUUGACGAACAUAAGAAGAAUAUUACUGCAGUAGGGAUGGCUAAUCUGGUUGCCACUGGAAUAGGUCUACCUGCAUCUAGGAAGAGAGUUACUGAGGCAGGAAAAGCAAACACCCUUAAUCUUAGAACGGAUAUGCCGCAACUGAAGACUCGAGAUCUGUUGAUGAUGAAGGGCAAACAGACAAUUCUAAAGAAACUUGAUGGGUUGAAAUUGGUUGCUGUUACUUCAGAUAAGGAGUUGAAAAAGAAGAAAAGCAGUGCGAUUGAUAGUGAGAAAGCAGAUGUAAGUAAAUGUGUAGAGUCCAUAGAUAACAAGCCUGCCAUUGAGACCUCAGAGUCUCCCUUUGCCAGGUCUAAUAUUGAUCCAAGCACAGAGCAAUCUGAUAUGCUGACCAUGAGUGUUCCUGACCCUGAUUUUCAUGAUUUUGAUAAUGACAGAACAGAAGAUUCAUUUGAAAAAAAUCAGGUUUGGGCUGUUUAUGAUGACGAUGAUGGGAUGCCUCGUUACUAUGCCAUGAUUGAUGAUGUGGUGUCACGGAAACCAUUCAGAAUGCGUAUCAGGUGGCUUAGAUCAAAGAGCAAUGAUGAACUGGCUCCAAUAAACUGGAUUGGUUCUGGCUUUUACAAGACUAGUGGAGAUUUUCGGGUAGGGAAAUAUGAAGACAAAAAAUCUCUAAAUUCCUUCUCGCACAAGGUUAACUGGACAAAAGGCAGAAAAGGAGUCAUUAAGAUAUAUCCUAAAGAGGGAGAUGUUUGGGCUCUCUAUAGGAACUGGUCAUCUGAUUGGAAUGCGUUUACCCCUGAUGAAGUUAUACAGAAAUAUGAUAUGGUGGAGGUGCUUAGUGAUUACGACGAAGAGAAGGGCAUCAUAGUAGUUCCGCUCGUGAAAGUUGCCGGCUUUAAGACUGUUUUUUACCGGCAUCCAGAACUAAGAAAAACCAGGACAGUCCCGAGAGAAGAGAUGUUUCGGUUCUCUCACCAGGUCCCUUCAUACUUGCUUUCAGGUCAAGAAGGCCAUAAUGCUCCUAGUGGCUGCAUGGAUCUUGAUCCUGCCGCCAUGCCUUUGGAACUUCUUCAGGUCUUAACUGAAGCUCAGCUGAGAGAAAUGGAAGGUGCAACUGAAAAGGCCAAGGAAGACUUUGUGAUGGGAGAUGUUGGACAAUCUGAGAAAGGCAAACUGGUGGGGACUGCGAAAGCUACUGAUGAAGCUGUCCUGGAAGUCACUUGGAAAGAAGUGGGUAGAAAAUCUAAGGAAGACAAACUGGGAAAGAUUGGAGAAGCAACCAAUGAGGGAGCCACUAUAGCAGAAGCCACCAGGAAAGAAGUCGAGGGAGACAGCAUGGCAGAGGGAGAGGAAACAAAGGAAUCAUAUAGUGUUGUGUACAGAAGGAAGAGGCAGAAGAAACAGAAAAUAUAGCCGGUAGCUAGCAUAUCUAGCAAGUAUGGAACUGACUCUGGAAACCUCAUUUUCUUUGUCUGUGGAUGAGCACCAACCCGCGAUGAAGUUCUUGAUGUUUGCAGCAGUUGAUAUAGGUGGUACAUACAUAGCAUAAACAAUCUAUAGAUGAAGCUUUACUAUUUAGCAGCUCUGCUACAGUUGCUUGGAACUUUCUUAUACCUUCCAUAGGACUAAUUAUUUGCAGCUUGGCCCAGAUUUGGUCUGUUUAACUGCAAGAUCAUUCUAUACCCCAUAGUUACCUUACAGUUGUGGUUUUGUGUUUGUUACAGAAAAUCUUGGUAUAAGUUACAGCUCAUAGUUAAACUCUCUUAGUCUGUUGAAUAAAUUAGUGUAUAUAUGGAGUCUUGACCAUAUGGAUUUGAAAAUAUAUG